GGACAAUACAACUAGAAUAGGGAUUUGCUGAACCCUAAACCCUUUUUAGAACUAGAAGAAAUCCUUCCGUCUUCGUGUUCGUGUAGCUAUGGCGAAGAACAGAAACCAGAAGAGAAAUGGUCUAGCUGCUAUGGAUGUCUCCACUGACCAGACGGUCACGGAUGCCCAGGCAAUGGAUACUUCAGAAUCAGUAGCUCCAAAACCACAUAUAGGUGGAUCACAUAGAAAGAUGAAGGGAGUACAAAUGAAAAGGACAAAGAAUGUUAGGAAAAAGAAGGCCAUGGCAAAGGCUAUUUCAAAAAGUGAGAAGUUAGAGGAAAGAAUCACGAAGAGUGAAAGCAAGAUAGAGAGAACUAAACAUGCCAAAAAGUUAUAUGAGUGAAUGAAUGAUUCUUUUUUGUGAUUUAAUUAUGAAUGAGUGAUGAUUUUGUUUUGUUAAUGUUUUCUCCAUGGCCUGCCCAGUAUAAGAGUCAUCUCUUCUUUCA